AUGCAGGUAGCACUCUCCGUGAAGAACAAAUUACUGUUCAUUGAUGGAACCCUCCCUAAACCUGUAGCAACCGACGCCACAAUCGCGACUUGGAAUCGUGCGAACAACGUGGUCAUCUCAUGGCUUUACAACUUUGUUUCCAAAGAAAUCAUCACGAGCAUCUUGUUUGCCACAACUGCGCAAGAAAUUUGGAAAGACUUGAAAACCAGAUUUUCAAGAAAGAAUGGACCACGCAUUUUCCAACUUCGGCGCCAAUUGAUGUCUCUUCAGCAAGGACCUGAUGAUGUUGGAACGUAUUAUACAAAGUUGAAGUCAAUCUGGGAGGAAUUGUCCGGUUACAAACCAACAUUCCCCUGUACAUGUGGUGGCCUUCAACAACUCCAAGCACACACAAAAUUUGAAUAUGUCAUGUCCUUCUUGAUGGGCUUAAAUGAUUCUUUCUCUCAAAUCUGUGGCCAAAUUCUGCUAUUUGACCCUUUACCUUCGAUUGGUAAUGUCUUCUCCCUAAUUCUUCGAGAAGAAGCUCAACGAGAAAUUAUUGUUACUCCUUCUAAUGCUAACUCGAAAAACAUAGCCUUUUCUGUUAAUUCUUCACAAAAACAUCAAUUUGAUAACAGUAAGAACAAAUUUGUAAAGAAAGAGAGACCAAAAUGUGGUCAUUGUGCGAUCUUAGGACAUACCAAAGACAGGUGUUAUAAACGUUUCGGGUAUCCCCCAAAUUAUUUCAAGAACAGGACUACCAAUACUGUGAAUCAAGUGGAUAAUAGCCCUAAAAGUUCCACCACUAAUUAG